AUGUUUAUUAUGAAGGUUUCCGGAACACCAGUUGGUUUUUGCAUAAUGAAGAAUCAUAAAUCCUCCUAUCCAGAAAACUUUUUAAACGAAUUUUUUAUACCGGAAUACAUUCUUGUUUCGGGCGGAAAAUUUGAGGUUCCUUCUGUGGCACCCACCUGCCCGACAAUAGUAUUUGUCAACUCCAAAAGUGGCGGGCAGUUGGGCAGUGAGCUUCUUGUCACAUACCGUUCUGUUCUAAAUGAGAAUCAGGUUUUUGAUUUAGGUGAAGAAGCUCCAGAUAAAGUGUUACGCAGAUUGUACCUCAAUAUAGAAAACCUCAAAUUUAAUAAAGAUGCAUUAGCAACUACAAUAGAGAAGCAAUUACGAAUAAUUGUUGCAGGUGGAGAUGGAACUGCUGGGUGGCUGCUUGGAGUUGUUAGUGAUCUGAAAUUAUCUCAUCCACCACCAAUAGCAACAGUGCCUCUAGGAACUGGAAACAAUCUCCCAUUUGCAUUUGGUUGGGGAAAAAAGAAUCCAGGAACAGAUCGUGAAUCUGUUUUGAAAUUCUUGAAGCAAGUUAUGGAAGGAAAAGAAAUGGAGAUUGACAGCUGGCAUAUUCUUAUGAGGAUGAAAUCUGCCCCAAAAGAAGGGUCUUGUGAUCCCAUUGCCCCUUUGGAGUUGCCACAUUCUUUACAUGCAUUUAAUCGUGUGUCUGAUACAGAUGAACUUAAUGUGUCAGGUUACGACACAUUUCGUGGAGGAUUCUGGAAUUAUUUCAGCAUGGGGAUGGAUGCUCAAGUAUCGUAUGCGUUUCAUUGUGAGAGGAAAUUGCAUCCAGAAAAAUUCAAAAAUCAGUUGACUAAUCAGAGUACAUAUGCAAAGAUCGGGUGUACUCAAGGGUGGUUUGCAGCAUCUCUCUUCCACCCUUCUUCAAAGAAUAUUGCCCAGCUUAUAAAUGUUAAGGUUAUGCAAAGGCAUGGUGGCUGGAAAGACCUCAAAAUACAUCAUAGUAUCCGGUCAAUUUUAUGCCUCAAUUUGCCUAGUUUCUCUGGUGGACUAAAUCCUUGGGGAACACCAAACCAGCACAAAUCUCGUGAUAGAGACUUGACCCCACCAUAUGUUGAUGAUGGGCUUAUUGAGAUUGUUGGUUUCAGAGAUGCAUGGCAUGGGCUUGUUCUCCUUGCACCAAAGGGACAUGGCACCCGUUUGGCUCAGACACAUCGGGUGAGAUUUGAAUUCCACAAGGGUGCAGCAGAGUGCACGUAUAUGCGAAUGGAUGGAGAGCCUUGGAAACAACCUCUCCCUGUAGAAGACGACACCACGGUUGUUGAAAUCUCGCAUCUUGGACGCGUCAAAAUGCUCGCAACACAAAAUUGCAUAUCGAAAAGUGUCAAAGAUCCUUCAAUUCCACAUUCUCAUGAACAAGAAGAUGAUGAUGAUGAUAAAUGUGGAUAUAUCUCGCCUCAGUUAGAUACUGAUAACAAUAGCAGAAAUGUUAACUAUGGAAACGAAGAUGGAACUUUGUAAUUGACUGGGAAGAGGAGCAUCGAUGAAACAAGAUUGCUCUUUCUUUAAACUAGAAUUGAUUAUGAAGCCAUGUUUGGAUAUGAUGAGUGAUGACCCUAUAAAUUUCUAGUGUUUGUGUUAUGUGUGUGUGUG